GAGACGCACCCCGCGGACAGGGAGUUGUCGGGUCGGCCGUAAGUUUUUAACCGACCGAGAACUGAAAACAUUCUCGAUUUCGACUUUAAUUCGGACAGUCGGCGGUUUUUACCGAGCUAAGGGAAUGAAAUGCUGCUACGGAGCUGAAGCGAGAGAUCCAGGAGAGGUCCAGCCCAGCGACUCCAGGCAGAGACGAGUUGCCCGGUUCCAAGAUCCAGUCCUGGUCGCCUCGCCGCCAUGUCUUGACACCCUGCCCUCUCCUCUGAAUACCCCGUCCCCUCCUCCCUCCCCCUCCUCGCCCUCGUCCUCCUCCACCUCCUCGUCCUCCUCUCCCACCUCCAGGGUUCCGUACGCAGAGAUGAACCUGAACCAUCAGACCCAGGACCCGGAGCGGGACCUCCCCCCCUCCUCCUCCUCCUCCGUCAGAAAGACCCCGAAAAAGAGGGGCAUCUCCCUGCGCUCGCUGUUCCGGAGGCGCCGCCCGGACCCCAAGUCCCGCAAGUCCCGCUCGUCGACGGGGGGCGUGGACGGCAUCGCUAGCAUCGAGAGCGUCGUCCAGUCGGAAAUGCAGCAGCAGCAGCAGCAGCAGCAGGAAGUGGCUUCCACCUCGACCUCCUCCUCCGCCUCCUCCGCUUCCUCGGAGUUCCUGGAGUGCCCGCUCUGCCUGCUCCGGCACACGCGCGACCGCUUCCCCGACAUCAUGACGUGCCACCAUCGCUCGUGCGCCGACUGUCUGAGGCAGUACCUGCGCAUCGAGAUCUCCGAGAGCCGCGUCAACAUCAGCUGCCCCGAGUGCUCGGAGCGCUUCAACCCCCACGACAUCCGCAUGAUCCUCGGCGACCGCGCCCUCAUGGAGAAGUACGAGGAGUUCAUGCUGAGGCGCUGGCUCGCUUCUGACCCCGACUGCCGCUGGUGCCCCGCCCCGGACUGCGGGUACGCGGUCAUAGCGUUCGGCUGCGCCAGCUGUCCGAAGAUCACGUGCAGCCGCGAAGGAUGCGACACGGAGUUCUGCUACCACUGUAAACAGCUGUGGCACCCCAACCAGACCUGCGACGCCGCCCGGCAGCAGAGGGCGCAGAGCCUCCGACUGAGACCCUUCAGAUCCUCCUCGCUCAGCUACAGCCAGGAGAGCGGCGCCACGGCAGACGAUAUCAAGCCGUGUCCCCGCUGCGCCGCUUACAUCAUCAAGAUGAACGACGGGAGCUGUAAUCACAUGACCUGCGCCGUGUGCGGCUGCGAGUUCUGCUGGCUCUGCAUGAAGGAGAUCUCCGACCUUCACUACUUGAGCCCUUCAGGGUGCACAUUCUGGGGUAAGAAGCCCUGGAGCCGGAAGAAGAAGAUUCUCUGGCAGCUGGGCACGCUGGUUGGCGCUCCCAUCGGCAUCGCCUUGAUUGCUGGCAUUGCCAUUCCAGCUAUGAUCAUCGGAAUUCCUGUGUACGUGGGCAGAAAGAUUCACGGCCGUUAUGAGGGGAAGGAAAUCUCCAAGCACAAGAGGAACCUGGUGAUCGCCGGCGGGGUCACGUUGUCCGUCAUCGUCUCACCGGUCGUAGCCGCCGUCACCGUCGGUAUCGGAGUGCCCAUCAUGCUGGCCUACGUGUACGGCGUAGUGCCCAUCUCUCUGUGCCGCAGCGGAGGUUGUGGCGUCUCCGCCGGAAAUGGGAAAGGCGUCCGGAUCGAAUUCGACGACGAGAACGACAUGAACGCGGGCAGCGGGGCGGCCGCGACAGACAGCACAUCGGUGGCAGAGACGAGGCAGAACGCCAGCAUCGGAGGCAGCGUGGGGGGGCUGACGGGCAGCCUGAGCGCCAGCGGGAGCCACAUGGAGAGAAUCGGCGCCAUGAGGGACAACCUGAGCGAGAACGCCAGCACCAUGGCGCUGACCGGCAGCCUGUCGGGCAGCACAGUGGGCCACUGCUUCAACAGGUUGGAGGUGCAGGCUGACGUUCAGAAGGAGCGCUGCAGCCUGAGCGGGGAGUCCGGCACGGUCAGCCUGGGGACAAUCAGUGACAACGCCAGCACCAAAGCGAUGGCCGGGUCCAUCCUCAACGCCUACCUGCCUCUGGAGAGAGAGGGCAGCAGUAUGGAGGUUCAGGUGGACGUGGAGUCCAAACUGGGGAAGCUGCGGCACCACAGCGGGAGCAGCAGCAUGGAGGAGGGCAGCACCGGCGGGCGCGGCAGCGUCGGCGGCGGCAGCGGCAGCGGCGUCUGCCCCCCGAACUGCCCCCACGAUGCCAAAUACGGCUCGGGCAAGAAGAGCAAAGGCAAGAUGCGCAAGAAGGCGGGCGGCACCAAGAUCAACGAGACGCGCGAGGACAUGGACGCGCAGCUGCUGGAGCAGCGCAGCACCAACUCCAGCGAGUUCGACUCUCCGUCCCUGAGCGGCAGCCUGCCCUCCGUCGCCGACUCCCACUGCAGCCACUUCAGCGAGUUCAGCUGCUCGGACCUGGACGCUUCCCGGCCCCCCAACACCAUCAGCCCUCUCCCCGAGGUGGAGAACGACCGGCUGGAGAACUGCCCCGCUCACGGCCACGCCCACCUCUCCGCCCCGCCGCCGGCCGCUCAGCCCGUCCCUCACGGCGCGGAGAGCCCCGACUCGGCCCGUCCCGACGAUUCCCCCGAGGAACGCGAUAACGACGACGCGCGGCGGCCCGGCAGCCCGGCGCGCGACGCCUGCAUCCAGACCGAGAUCUAGCGCCGCGCUUGAGCCACGCUAAUAAACCGCUUGUUUGAAAUGCUAA